CAGAAGCAGCCACACAAUAUGCCAACCCAACACAAUCGUAGUAGAAGUGAGUCUUUAGAAUCUAAUUCAUUGCAACCUGAGAGCGAGAAAUCGGUUGUUCCUAUUCGCAGUGAGUUGUUGGAUCUCCCAAGCCGAAAACACAUACCUACGCUAAGUCCAAAACAAGAAGGAAAACACAUUUGGUUUAGACAUGACACAACAGGUAAGAUUACAAAGCAGAUUUUGAAGAUGCUUAAAUCUGAUCUCCCAAAACCAUAUCCAACAUAUCGUUCUCUCCCACAAGAAAUCAAGAACAGAUGGUUCCGAGCUUUUGCACAAGAGUUUAACUGGGACUCAAACAUAACAGAAUAUGUCCGAACAAAUUAUGCCAAGCAAGCAGACUUGUCCUUUAGAUCAAACUUACGUGAGUGGAAGAAGCUAUGGAAGCACAGAGGUCCGGAAAACUUGCCGGAAUGGAUGAAGGCGAAAAAAUCUCUGUUUGAUGGUUACAUAAAAAUGUGGACUGAUGAAAAAGCAGUCAAGACAGCAGCCAAAAACUCUAAGAAUCGGUCAAGUGAUCGGGGUGGUUUAGGCAUCGCUAUACACAACAACGGUGCAAAAACAUAUGAACGACGUUGGGAUGAAAUGACAACUGAACUCGGGAAGGAGCCUAAUAUGAUUUACUUCAUGGAAGAAACUCACUUAAACAAGAAGACGCGCAUAAUUACCGACAUGAAGACAAAAAAGAUUCUUGAGAUAGCUAAGAGUAAGUUGGAGCUCACAAAUUCUCAUUGCCAAACUGAAGGAGAUAACUCUACUCAGCCAAAAGCUGCCACACAAGAGGAUAUCAAUUCUAUCAUGCUUGAAGUUGUUCCGAAGGUUAAAGGAGGCCGCUAUGGGUUUGGUAAAUUUUUGAAUGAAGAAUGCUCGUCUUCGACUUCAACUCCACGCCAUAUUCCUGACUUACGAGAAGAGAUUCAAAUAUUGAAGAAACAUGAACUAGAAAAGAAUGCUCAAAUCAAAUACCUUAUGGAAUGCAACAAGCUCCUCUUCGAGCAGUUUCCUCAACUUCGACCACCUGAACACCCGUCGACGCCAAGCAUAGAUGAAGACGAGAUGCAAGCAUAGAUCGAAUUAAUUGGAAUUUUGAGUCUCAUUUUACCUCGCUUAUAACAGUUUUAAAAUAUGGAUUGGAAAAUGUUUAUAUUGAUUUUAACAAUGUUUCCAUGUGAAUUUGGAACGAUAUUUCACGUUUUU